AUGAUGAGUCUCGAAUCGCGCAUUGCCAUAGUCACAGGCUCAUCGUCUGGACUCGGCCGAUGCAUUUCCCUCGCCCUCGCAGCUGAAGGCGCAUCCAUUGUGUGUGCCGACCUGACGCCUACAGCGCGGGCGGAAAUUGCGUCUGAGACAACGGUUACAACGCACGAGCUUAUUGCGCAACGCGGCGGAAAAGCCAUCUUCGUCAAAACGGAUGUUGGCGAUGAGAGUGCGAUGCAGCAGUUAAUCAAGACCGCUGUCGAGUGGGGUGGGAGACUUGAUAUAUUGAUCAACAACGCCGGCAUAGCCGUGGAAUCCAAGACGCCGAACCCCAUCCACCUCCUGGACGCGUCCGACUGGGACCUGACCAUGCGCGUCAACGCCCGCUCUGUCUUCCUCGGCUGCAAAUAUGCGAUUACACAGAUGCUGGCGCAGGAGCCGCAUGCCAGCGGGGAUCGCGGGUGGAUUGUGAAUAUGAGUAGUGUUUUCGGGCUGGUGGGUGGGCCGACGAACCCAUCCUACGCGGCGAGCAAAGGCGCGAUCGCGAAUCUAACCCGGCAGAUUGCCUGCGACUACGGGAAGCAGCGAAUUCACUGCAACGCUGUCUGCCCUGGAUUUAUUCAAACGGCCAUAUUCCACAACUCGAGCCUACAGCCCGGCGUGACACAGGAGUGGGUGGACAGCUUGCAUCCGCUGGGUGGGCCUGGGAGGCCGGGCGACGUCGCAAGCGCAGUGCUAUACCUGGUGAGCGAUGCAGCGAGGUGGAUUACGGGGGUUUGUUUGCCGAUUGACGGCGGGUACAGUGCGCAGUAG